AUGGCAGAAGCACGUGCACCUACUACGCCAACAUACGACUUCACGUUCGACAAAGCCUUGGAGCCGUGGAACAUGCAACAGCAGGAGUGGCUUGGUCGGCAUAACCUACAGAACUCGCCCUCGAGAUUGAACGGCCUGGCAACGGCCUGCGCCGUCUUCAACCCGCAAGGUCAGAUACUGCUCGUUCAGCGUGCUGCCCAUGACUCCAUGCCGAACGUGUGGGAGCUCCCGGGAGGUGCUGUCGACAAUGAGGACCAGACUAUUCUCCACGGCGCAGCUCGAGAGUUGUGGGAAGAGGCUGGUCUCGUCGCUAAACACUUCUCCCAUGUGGCAUCUGAAGGCCCAGAUCGCCCGCCAGGCUCGGUGUUCCAGAAUCGCAACAAGACCAGAACCUGGAGUCGUUUCUGCUUUCUUGUCGAAGUAGACGACUGCACUGCAGUGAAGCUAGACCCCAAUGAGCAUCAGGACUUCGUCUGGGCUUCCGAGGACGAUGUGCGGGCCCAAAGGCAGGGAAAUUUGCUGCUUACCAUUACGACGGACAGUGUCAUCGUGACAAUCUUGGAGGCCUUCAGACUUUGCGAGGCGGAAGGCGACGACUCAUGA